AUGGCGCGGAGUGAUGAAAUCCCCCAACUCGGCAGAAAGCGACCCGCAGAUGGUGAUCCGGACGGCGCGCAACCUCUCACGAAGAGGUUUGGAUACCUCCAGAUAGGAAAUAAUCCGGAGGCCCCAACCUUCGGAGCUCGGCCCCGUGAUCGCGAUGGCGAUGGGUUCAAUCAUUUCAACCCUUCCACUUCCAUCUCUUCUUCCACAUCCACUCCUUCCGCUCUCUCCACUUGGUCUACUGCGACUCCCCCGAGAACAUCCAUCUCCAAUUCCAGUCCGUCAUGCUUGACCCGGUCCGAUGCGAUGAUGCUGGACGAUACCAAACACACGACCUACAUUCAUGAUUUAGAUCGGGAGUUGGCGGAUAUAGAUCCUCCUGAUGGAGGACUGAUUCUUCUACCCCUCGCGACAAAAAUGAUUUCCGUGCCGGAAUCAGUCUUGCCAGCACCCUCGCGGGGCAAGGAAUUAGUGCUGUACACCGAGCCUUCUUCCUUGACAGUUCCUAAGGAGCAAGAUAGUGUGAGGAAAGCAAUCAUCGAAGCCAGAGCCAGGGCCAGGGCAAGGGCGCAUGCAGCGAAUAGUCACCAACCCCUACCGUCUUCCGAUCAUGGCUCUUUGUUAUCUUCCAGCAAGGGCUUCGGGAAUACCUCUUUGACGUAUAGUAUUGAUGACGACCCCAUGGACAUUGACUUCAAUCCCUAG